UUUCCUGUUGUUCUCUCUCUUAACUAACAUCUGUCCCUCUUCUCUGCAGGGGAUGUGCUUUUCCAGAUGGCAGAGGUCCACCGACAGAUUCAGAUGCAGUUAGAGGAAAUGUUGAAAUGCUUCCACAACGAGCUGCUGUCGGAGCUGGAGAAGAAGGUGGAAUUGGACGCAAGAUACCUGACUGCGGCUCUUAAGAAGUACCAGGUGGAGCACAAAAGCAAAGGAGAGAGUCUGGAGAAAUGCCAGGGUGAGCUGAAGAAACUGCGGAGGAAGAGCCAGGGCAGCAAGAACCCCUCCAAGUACGGCGAGAAGGAGUUGCAGUAUGUUGAGACUAUCAGCAGCAAACAGAGUGAGCUGGAUAGCUUCAUUGCAGAGGGCUACAAAACAGCACUUUCCGAGGAACGUAGGAGAUACUGUUUUCCUGGUGGACCGCCAGUGCGCCGUGGCCAAGAACAGCAGCGCCUACCAUGGCAAGGAGUGCCUGCGAAGUAA